AUGGACGACGACGACCUCCAGAAGAUCCGCCAGGCGCGCAUGCAAGAGCUCCAGCAGCAGCAGCAGGCCUCCAACGGCGGCGGCGGCGGUGGUAACGACAAGCAGCAGCAAGAAGCCGAAGCGCGCAAAUCAAUCAUCAACCAGAUCCUCACGCCCGAGGCCGUCGACCGGCUCAACCGCAUCGCGAUGGUGAAGGAGGAGCGCGCGCGCGACCUCGAGAACCGCUUCAUCAUGAUGGCGCGCAGCAACGAGCUGCGGCAGCGCGUCACGGAGGAGGACCUGAUCGCCAUCAUCAACAUGAUGGACAAGCAGAAGGCCGAGGAGGGCAAGGUGGUGUUUUCGAGGAGGAAGGGCGGCUUUGAUGAUGAGGAGGACGACUGGUAA